AUGUAUGUGUCCACUCGAAGCAGCCUGGCAACGAUGAUGUUACUCUUGAUGUUACUGUUGGCACUUGUCCCAGUCUGGCACCACUGUUGGCACUGGCACCGUGUCCCCGCCAUUGGCAACACUGGGGGGGCGGGGGGAGGAGGGGGGCGUAAGGCUGUGUCCAUUCUUUGCAAAAUUCUCAGGACUUUAGCUAGAAAUUGUCUGGCAUUGGCGGUGUUGCUGGUCGUCUUCGUGGUUUCAGCCUACCAAUCUCUUUCCAACAGCCUGCAAGUUUCCUUCCAACAGCCUACCAGCCACCUUCCAACAGUCUACCAACAGCCUACCAGCCUCCUUUCAACAGCCUACCAACAGCCUACCAGUCUCCUUCCAACAGCCUACCAACAGCCUACAGCCUACCAACAGCCUAUCAACAGCCUACCAGCCCCUUUCCAACAGUCUACCAACAGCCCUAUCAACAGCCUACCAGUCGCCCUACUCAGCCUCCUUCCCAACAGCCUACCAACAAGCCUAUCAACAGCCUACCAGUCGCCUACCAGCCUCCUUCAACAGCCUACCAACAGCCUAUCAACAGACCUACCAGUCAGCCUACCAGCCUCCUUCCAACAAGCCUACCAACAGCCUAUUCAACAGCCUACCAGUCACCUACCAGGCCCCUUUCCAACAGUCCUACCAACAGCCUAUCAACAGCCUACCAGUCGCCUACCAGUCUCCUUCCCACAGCUACAACAGCCUAUCAAACAGCCUACCAGUCCACCUACCAGCCUCCUUCCAACAGCCUCCCCCUACAAGCCUACCUAUCAACAGCCUACCAGUCACCCUACCAGCCUCCUUCCAACAGCCUACCAACAGCCUAUCAACAGCCUACCAGUCGCCUACCAGCCUCCUUCCAACAGCCUACCAAGCAGCAUUCCAACAGCCUACCAACAGCUACCAGCCUCCUUCCAACAGCCUACCAGUCGCCUACCAGCCUCCUUCCAACAGCCUACCAACAGCCUAUCAACAGCCUACCAGUCGCCUACCAGCCUCCUUCCAACAGCCUACCAACAGCCUAUCAACAGCCUACCAGUCGCCUACCAGCCUCCUUCCAACAGCCUACCAACAGCCUAUCAACAGCCUACCAGCCUCCUUCCAACAGUCUACCAACAGCCUAUCAACAGCCUACCAGUCGCCUACCAGCCUCCUUCCAACAGCCUACCAACAGCCUAUCAACAGCCUACCAGUCGCCUACCAGCCUCCUUCCAACAGCCUACCACAGCCUAUCAACAGCCUACCAGUCACCUACCAGCCUCCUUCCAACAGCCUACCAACAGCCUAUCAACAGCCUACCAGUCGCCUACCAGCCUCCUUCCAACAGCCUACCAACAGCCUAUCAACAGCCUACCAGUCGCCUACCAGUCUCCUUCCAACAGCCUACCAACAGCCUAUCAACAGCCUACCAGUCGCCUACCAGCCUCCUUCCAACAGCCUACCAACAGCCUAUCAACAGCCUACCAGUCGCCUACCAGCCUCCUUCCAACAGCCUACCAACAGCCUAUCAACAGCCUACCAGUCGCCUACCAGCCUCCUUCCAACAGCCUACCAACAGCCUAUCAACAGCCUACCAGUCACCUACCAGCCUCCUUCCAACAGCCUACCAACAGCCUAUCAACAGCCUACCAGUCACCUACCAGCCUCCUUCCAACAGCCUACCAACAGCCUAUCAACAGCCUACCAGUCGCCUACCAGUCUCCUUCCAACAGCCUACCAACAGCCUACCAACAGCCUACCAACAGCCUACCAGCCUCCUUCCAACAGCCUACCAACAGCCUACCAACAGCCUACCAGUCGCCUACCAGCCUCCUUCCAACAGCCUACCAACCUACCAAUCUCCCUGCCAGCCAACCAGCCUCUGCUGAAACCUUUCGCAAGUUAAUAAUUGGGUUGUAUAGCCACCCGAUGGAAUUCAACCUCUCCAUAGGCCUAUAG